AUGUGCCCUGUAAAACACGUCUCAUUCGGGCGGAAGAUGGCGAACGUACUGCUCGAGUUCAAGGCAUCUGCCAGGGACUCAGAGCCGCAGAACCAACCGAUCCUCAUCGUCGGCCAGCUCGCCAAUCUCCAACAAGUCAGCUGGACCCAGCUGAAAGGAAAGCUGCAGCCGGUGGUGUCUAAAGAGAUAUGGCAAGCAGCUUUGGGUUCUCUGAAACCAAACCCCACUGACAGCUGCCCACUCUAUUUGAAUCAUGCAGCAGUGGCAGCCCUUCCUUCACGAGUCAGCCGGCACAACAGCCCGUCAUCUGCCCACUUCCUCACCCGCCUGGUCCGAACAUGCCUGCCCCCUGGCAACAACCGCUGCAUCGUGAUGGUGUGUGAGCAGUCAGAUGUGUUUGCGUCGGCGUGUGCCAUCGCUCGAGCUUUUCCGCUGUUCACCCGCCGCUCUGCGUCCUCACGCAGGACGGAGAAGAAACAUGUCACUGUGGAGUUUAUCACCAUGGGUCAGGACAAUGGCCCGCUGGAGGUCUCCGCACUGGAGUGUCUCACCAAUGCAGCUGACGGAGUUCGUCUGGCAGCUCGAAUCGUAGACACUCCAUGCAGCGAGAUGAAUACUGAUGACUUCUUGGAGGAAAUCAAGGCUGUGGGGAAUGAACUAGGCAUCACUCCAACUAUAAUUAGAGGAGAGGAACUGAAGCAAAAAGGCUUUGGGGGUAUCUAUGGAGUUGGUAAAGCAGCCCAGCACCCCCCUGCCUUGGCUGUGCUUAGCCACACCCCCUCAGGUGCCACACAGACCAUUGCCUGGGUGGGCAAGGGCAUCGUUUAUGACACAGGUGGUCUCAGCAUCAAGGGCAAAACCACAAUGCCAGGAAUGAAGAGAGACUGUGGUGGAGCUGCUGCUGUUUUAGGAGCUUUUAAAGCUACUGUUAAACAGGGCUUUAAAGACAAUCUUCAUGCAGUCUUUUGCCUGGCAGAGAAUGCAGUGGGACCUAUAGCCACUCGGCCUGACGACAUACACACUCUGUACUCUGGAAAGACAGUAGAGAUAAACAACACAGAUGCUGAAGGGAGGCUGGUGCUCUCUGAUGGUAUUGUUUAUGCAAGCAAAGAUCUGUCUGCAGAUAUCAUACUGGACAUGGCGACGCUGACUGGAGCUCAGGGAAUCUCCACAGGGAAAUACCAUGCAGCUGUGAUGACGAACAAUGAGCAGUGGGAGGCAGCGUGUGUGAGAGCGGGGCGCAGCAGUGGAGACCUGGCACAUCCUCUGGUCUACUGCCCUGAACUUCACUUCAGUGAAUUCACCUCAGCUGUGGCCGACAUGAAGAACUCUGUGGCGGACCGUGAGAAUGCGCAAAGCUCUUGUGCUGGCCUUUUCAUUGGAUCUCAUCUGGGUUUUGAUUGGCCAGGCAUUUGGGUACAUGUGGACAUCGCUUCACCUGUGCAUUCUGGGGAGCGAGCCACAGGUUUUGGUGUAGCCAUGCUCUUGGCUCUGUUCGGCCAGGCGUCCGAGGACCCCAUGCUAAACUCUGUCUCGCCGCUGAGUGUCGCCACAGCCAAACUCGCCUCUGUGGACCAGAUGGAGAGGGAUUGCAAGAGAAGGAGACUCAUCUAAGAUGAAUUCAAACUGUUCUUAAUCUUACCCAAACUUAUGUGAAAACAUUAAAUAUCAGUUACGCCAUGUACGCACGUUCCCCACCACCAAAGUUAAAUCUCUUAGACACACACAGACUCCACCCUAUCACACACUGGCCACUGCAGAUAAUUUUCUUAAAGUCUUCAGAAUAUGCAGAGUUAUUAAUUCUUAAAUAAAAGUGCUAUGUUAUCUAAAUGUUUUGUAAUGUUCAUGUGAAUCUCUUUCAGUUUGUGAUUUUUAAAGUUGCCAUGGGAAAGGUUUAGCAAAUACUGGAUUAGGGUGGUUUGUUUUCAAUCAGAAUAUGUUUAAAAUGCAAUCAUUUGAUUUUCAUUCUGAAUGUAAAUGACGAAGCGAUCACCCAUGCAAGUGGUUUUUUUCAACACUUAAUGUGCACUGACAGCUACUUUUAAUGCCAAUUUUGUAAGUGUGUUAAAUGGAGGAUACGGAAUGUGAAUGGAAAAAUCUUGAUCUUUUCUGAGUA